CACAGACUGAAAAUCUCUCUGUCAGCCCAGGCUUUGUGAUUCUGACUGGAAAAGAGAUCGAAACAAUACAUCUUGGAAUCACAGAACAGUUUGGAUUGGAAGGGACUUUCAAAAUCAUCCAGUCCUAACUGGUGCCAUGGGCAGGGACACCUUCCACAGGUGAGAGCGGCCUUCAGCCCUGCAUGUCCGGUGUGCAAGGCCCAGGCUCUGCUUUGGGGCCCAGAAAUGGCACCGAGGAACGGGCUGGGACUGAUCCCAGGAGGUUCCACCUUGUCCCUGUGCAGUGACCGAGCACAGAUCCCACAGAGAAGGUGGGGUCUCGCUCACCGGGGAUAUCCCAAAGCCAUCUGCCCACAGUCCUGUGCCACGUGCUGUGGGAUGGCCGUGAUGAGCAGGGACACACUGUGGGUUCCUCCAUCCCGACCCAUCCCGGGGUUCUGGGAUCCCCUCACGGAGGAGGGACGCUCGGACUACAACUCCCGGCGUGCCCCGGGGCCGCCGCCAUGUUCGGCGCCCGGCCCCCUCAGGGGUCGCCGCCAUAUUCCCGUGCUCCCGCCCCCUCAGGGGUCGCCGCCAUCUUUCUCCGCCGCCGCAGCGAUGCCGGAGGAUCAUGACUGGGAGGCGUACAAGGUGCCACCGACCCGCACCCCUGUCUCCGAGAGGACCACGUCGGUGCCCAACCCCGUCAACUACUUCCAGACCGCCUUCAACUAUGUCCUCGACACGCCCGUCACCUUAGUCCGAGAGUGGAUCGAGAAGUGGCAAAACAAGAACAAGUUCUACUACUACCACCAGAAGUUCCGCCGUGUGCCUGACAUGAGCGAGUGCCUGGAGGGCGACUACCUGUGCUACUAUGAGGCCGAGGCUCAGUGGAGGAGGGACAGGAUGGUUGAUCAGCAGAUCGUGGAGAUAAUCCGGGAAAGGGCGGCUGCCUGCAAGCAGAGGGAAGGGCCCAACCAGUUCCAGAACUGUGCCAAGGAGAUGGAGCUGCUGGCACAGGUCACCAAGGCCUACCAGGACAGAUACGGUGAUCUGGGUUACCAUGGCAAUGCACGGACCUGCCUGAUGAAGCAGAAGCACAGGAUGAUGGAGGAGAGGAAAGCACAGGAAGAGCAGCAGAGCUGAAACAGCUCCUCCCUUCAUGGUGCUGGUAUCCAAGUGCAUGUUGCUUCCUUGACCUCUGGAGGUGUUGCCUCCACAAUAAAUACACACCUGUACAGUUGG